CCCUUUUAUUUUUGAAUUUUGCUUCUCUUUUAGACCGUUUCAUUUUCUCUCUCUCUUCUCUAUUAUAAUUUAUAUCUCUACUGUUCUAUUUUCAAUCACAUUUUCAGAUUGAGAUUUUAGGAUCUGCAGAUGCGCACCGUUUUAGUUCAAUCACCGCUUGGUUUCUCUGCAUUUUCCAUUUCAAAGCUCACUUUGGUUGCGACUCUGACUGGCAAGGUGGAAAUUGAAAGUGUAUGUUAGGGUAGGGGCUCAAUUAUAAUGAAUUGGAGAGCAUACAUUAGAACAAACUGCUAUAAAGUUGGAAUUGGGGUAUGCUGCGUUAUUUUUAUUACUAUCAACAAUGGAAAGUGAUAAAUCAUUUACUGCUCCCUCAGAUAGUCAUAGUGAGGGUGUGGUGGCCAUUCAGAGUGAUGGUGUGGUGGACCUUCAGAGUGAAGGUGUGUUGGCCCUUCAGAGUGAAGGUGUGGUGUCCGCUCAGAGAAUCCGGCCUCUUCAUGGAAGGACCAGUGGCCCUGCAAGACGUUCAACUAAGGGACAGUGGACAGCUGAAGAGGAUGAGAUUCUGCGGAAUGCUGUUCAGAGAUACAAAGGAAAGAACUGGAAAAAGAUUGCUGAGUAUUUCAAGGAUCGGACAGAUGUACAAUGCCUACAUAGGUGGCAGAAGGUCUUAAAUCCGGAGUUAAUUAAAGGCCCAUGGUCUAAGGAGGAGGAUGAAACAAUAGUUGAACUAGUAAAUAGAUUUGGACCUAAAAAGUGGUCCACUAUUGCACAGCAUUUACCUGGACGUAUUGGGAAGCAGUGCAGGGAGAGGUGGCAUAAUCAUCUUAAUCCUUCAAUAAACAAAGAGGCGUGGACCCAACAAGAGGAGUUGGCCUUGAUUCGUGCUCAUCAGAUUUAUGGGAACAGAUGGGCGGAGCUGACAAAGUAUUUGCCAGGAAGGACAGACAAUUCUAUAAAAAAUCACUGGAACAGCUCUGUGAAAAAGAAACUGGAUUCAUAUUUGGCGUCAGGUCUGUUAGAGCAAUUUCAAGGCCUUCCGCUUGUACCUUAUCAUAAUCCCUUGCCUUUAACAAUCGUACAUAGCAGUGGAGAAGAUAGCAGUUUGAAAUGUGGAAUAGAAGCUGAAGAAAUAUCAGAAUGCAGUCAAGAAUCUACUGUUGCUGGCUGCUCGCAGUCUAUGAGUAGCUUAGGGAAUGCAGUUUUGGACACGAUAGAAGAAUUUCAUCUUACUGAAGAAUCUGGUCUUGGAAAUGAGCAAAGCUCUAGUCCAGCAUCUUGUUCAGAACAAUACUUUACAUCGAUGAGAGAUGUCAAUUUUUCCAUGACAGAAUUACCUUGUGAAAUCGCUUGCUCUUCCAACUUUCUCCAGCAUAAUUUCUCAAAUAAGGCUGUAACUCCUGCUACCAGUGAUUUCCAAUAUAAUAAUGCACAGGUGUUGCCUAACACAUCCUCUUCAGAACAAGUGCGGGAUUCAUCUAGGUUGCGAGCUCAUUGUAUAGCUCCUAAUGAAGACCAUGAACUGGUAAAUGUUGCAUUUCAAUCAUCUUCGGGCUUCAGUGUACCUACUGCAAUUGGAAAUAUAUCUGCGCAUUCUGCUAAACCAGAUAACUUGUUUAUAUCUGAUGAUGAAUGUUGUCAAUACUUAUUCUCGGAGGCAAUGAAUGUAGAUGCUUCAAAUUAUCAAUCAUCCAACAACCAGAUAUCUGAAACAGAAAAAGCUUCACAAUCAAUUAAUUCUUCAAGAUACGGUGUAUUGGCGACUUCAUGCCGUCAACCAUUGCCAUCUGGUCCUUCCCCUCUUUCAGUUGAUGAUACUCGAAAAUGCACAUUUAAAGCUCAUGAACAUGAGUACAUUGCAAGUGCCCAUGAUGACUUUAUAUACACCAAUGGCACUGCAAGCUCUCCAUGUGAUGACGGUACAGCUAACGCUAAUGCAUAUGAGCAACAUUAUCUGAAGGAAUCUUCAAAAUUAGUGCCUGUGAAUUCCUUUACUACAGGUGCUGAUACUGCACGGUUUUGUACUGUGGAUGAAGUAAGAAACGCAAAAGAUGAAACUCAAAAUGCAGGGGCUUUAUGUUAUGAACCUCCCCGUUUUCCAAGCUUGGAUAUCCCCUUUUUGAGCUGUGAUCUGAUUCAAUCUGGCAGUGAUAUACAGCAAGAGUAUAGUCCUCUUGGCAUCCGCCAAUUGAUGAUGUCUUCGAUGGGCUGCAUCACUCCAUUUAGGUUAUGGGACUCGCCAUCUCGGGAUGAUAGUCCAGAUGCUGUGCUUAAAACUGCAGCUAAGACUUUCACAGGUACUCCAUCCAUUUUGAAGAAGCGGAAUCGUGAUUUGUUAUCACCUUUGUCUGAUAGAAGGGUUGACAAAAAGCUUGAGAUUGACAUGACAUUUAGUUUGGCCAAGGAAUUUUCUAGGUUGGAUGUUAUGCUUGUUGAGAGUGAAACGCAAAAAACAUCCUUGAUGUCUCCAUCUGAUCAGAAAAGUAACCUUGGAUCCUCUUAUGAAGAUAAAGAAAAUAUGGAUCCCGCUCUUGAAAGUGGACAAGAAAAGGGAAGAGAUUGUGCAAUUUCCAAGAAAGAGUGUGGUAGCAGUAUUUCCGAAGAAAAUAUAAAACAAGGGACUGUUGAAGGUUCUAAGACUGAGGCUAGUGCACAAAUUCCUUCUGGAGUUCACGUUGAAGAACGCACAAAUGAUCGGUUAUUCUUCUCUCCUGAAGCUAAUUUCAAAAUGGACAGAGCAUUUGCUCCGAGUUCUAGAACGCCCAAGAAUUUAUGCCGUAGAAUAUUGGGAACUUUAUCAGAGCAUGGCAUUUCUUCAGAUACUUUUUCUGGAAACUCGUGUAUCAUCAUUAGCUCUCCUACCAUCAGCAAGAAGAAUCAUGAAAACCAUCUACUUGCCGCUUCGACAGUACAGUCAUCCGGCCCCACUUCAGAUACUGUAGUUGAGAAUUCCGUUGCCGAAAAUCUUACCAUAUUUGGCGAAUCUCCUUCAGCAUGGAAAUCUCCCUGGUUCAUAAAUUCUUUUAAACCUGGCCCAAAGGUUGACACAGACAUAUCAAUUGAGGAUAUCGGUUAUUUUAUGAGUCCUGGAGAUAGAAGCUAUGAUGCUCUGGCAUUAAUGAAGCAUUUUAGCGAGCACAAUGCAUCUGCUUAUGCUGAUGCUUUGGAGGUUAUGGGAAACGAUACACCAGAAACAUUACAAAGAAGACGCUCUGCCUUUCAGAAUGUGGACCAAGAUAAAAAUAAUGCUCAGCCUGAGAAUCAUUCCGAUUUGGCUUCAAAUGUUCCGACAGAAUGCCGUACCCUCGACUUCAGUGAAUGUGGAACACCGGGGAAGGCAACGGAAAGGGGAAAAUCUUCAAACGCUGUAAGCUUCUCAAGCCCUUCAUCAUAUCUGCUAAAGGGUUGCAGAUAGCUAUUUGCUGAGGCUGAUGCCUUAUUUUGUAGUUCAUAUAUUGUGUAUCUAUAUUUUUUGUUUCUUCAUAUUGUUUAUUGUCUAACACUCAAAUUUAUUCAAUUUAUACCAGACUUUCUCGAGUGUAUUAUUUAA